AGUAUGAGUGGAGGAGAGGGGGGGGGGUGGAGAAAGGAGUGGGACUGGUGUGUGGAAGUGUCGCUAACUAUUUUACGUAACUUUGCCGACAGUUUGGCCCACGUUGACCACGUACGUCCGGCUCAGGGGAUUCUCCCUGGGGUUUUGAAGAAGGGGAUGAAGAGGAAAGGGGUGCUGAGGAGGCAAGGAGAGUGUGAGGUGAAGGGAAGAGGGGUUGGGGUAAAAUAGCCAACGGUAUAUACAACUAUGGCAGCCUAGGCACCAAUGUGGCAAGGGUAGUUUUCCAGUUGGGGGAUGUCCCAAGAUAUGCAUACGUGACGGAUGGGAAAACGUGACCGUUGGUCAUUCGUAUCUUGUUGGAUACUUUUAAGUUAUGGGGUGAGGGAGCAAAAUUGAAGAGCAGAGGUGUCCGAAUUGAGAAUAGAUUGUAUUGGAAUCGUUGAUUUUUUAUGAGCUUUUUCUUCAAUGAAUAUUUUUUUCUUAAUUUCGAAGUGAAGGGAUCUUGAUGUUCAAUGUAUUGAUGGAUUCAGGAAGAGUUAUAGGAGUUCAUAAUGCCAGAAUUUUGUAAAUCAGUGUCACGAUAGCGGAUUAUUUUCUCAUUUUUUUUCGUUGAAAAAAAAUUCCAUGUGAAUUCAGCAUUUUUUCCACUCAGCAUUGAAAAUUCACAUUUUCUAGAGAAAAACUGGGGUUUUGUAUUUUAUCAUAAUGUACAGCUUCGAAUACACCAUUCAAAACAUUCAAGUGAGAUAAAAAACAAAAAGAUGUGGAUUGCCAUGGAGUUGCGUUAAUCCUCUUAAAUAAAAUCAGCCAACCGUUCACGUAGAUUCUCACAAUAAUCCAAAAAUGGAUGCACGAACCGACACCCCACCACAAAACACAAAGAUCUCGUGGGCCAAUUAAUGUCCAACUAACGGAGGAAUAUCGUUACGCUAUUCAAUAGACCUCGUUUCCUCUUUCAAUCCCUGUCUCUCGUACCCUUUUAUAACAUCCGAGGAUUUCGAAAAGGGUGUGUCGUUUAUAUCUAUGUGCAUUGAUCAAGGUAAAUAUCCAGCUGUGGAUAUAAAAGAUAAUUUGAAAAAGAAACAUAAUAAUUUAUAUUUAACCACUGACGAUUUUGAAAAUUUAUUCAAUUUUCGUUAAAACAAAUGAGAUGUAACGCUGUCGGGGGAUGUUUUAGGGAAACGUCCAUAAGGGUUACAAGUAUACAGAGGAUUUUAUAUUUAUUCUAACAAACAUUAGGGAAAAUAUGCUCCAUCUGACUAAACUUUUUUCUCUUUUCAAUUUUAACUUUCCAAGAAAAAUUACUUCUUCAUCCCUUGGUUUCAAUUAAAUACAGCAGAAUUUUCAAUCGCAAAAAAAACACUUUCAGAAUCAAUCCUUUCGUUUGACAGUCGUCGAUCGACUUUUCCAUUGUUUUCACUUUGCUUCAUCACUCUCGCAUCCCCCCACCCCAAUCGAAUCCUCUUUUUAUCCUCCACCUGGCGUUUGUUCCCAAGCACGAAGAAUCAAUUAUGAAACUUUUCAAAUUUGUCAGUAAUAUUGAAAUUUCUUUUAUGCUUUGGAGUUCAUAAUUGAAGUCUAUCGAAAAGACACUCGUCUCAAGGGAUGUUGCGACGUUUUCACUCGCCAGCGAAAGAAUAAUUUGGGGGGGAGGGAAGAGGGUGUGUUUGAUGCGUUGAGGCAUGAGCGAGAAGAGAGAAGGGAAAACUUUUUGUUUUUCCCUCGUCUAUUGUUUUCUAUUGCCUCUCCUUUUUAUUUCUCCGGAUUUUUCCCUUUUUCCCUCGUGUCUUUUAGAAACAGCAGCGCCUUAUCAUAGCUAACUUAUUUUCAAUUUCCGUAAUUAAAAGGGGACGGCGGUGCCGAAUGAAUGAGUCCCGUUCAUUGGAAACACUUAAUGAUGAGAAUUUAGAACCGGAAGUAGGUCGGUAGUAAUUUUCGUUAUUAAUACUUCAUUACCAUAUCAGCAGUCAAUUAAAGAGAAAUGCAUUAUAUUUUCUUUAUCAUGAUUUACAAGACUGAAUGAAUUUCUUAUUGUGAUACUAAUGAGACAUGUGAAAGUGAAAAAGAAAAUGUAAUACUUUACCAAUCGAUAAUAGUAUCAGAUUAAUUAGUCAUCAUAUUCAAAGUGGAUAAUGGAAAGUUUCAAAAUCAACUUAAUUGAGUGUUUAUCGCAACUUAAUUAUCAUGGUAAUGGUAUUUUUUGACACUGAGAGCUGCAGCACUCGAUAAUUCGAAUGAAAAAUUAUUGUCCUGUGACGGACUUGAGUCUAGAACUACAUAUUUGUUGUUACCUGCCUUAAUUUGCUAAAUUAUUUCAGUUCUUGCGUAGAAAUAACUCACAACCAUAAUCUCCCAUUAAUUGACUAAUAGAAAGUUUUUAUUUUUAAAUAUGAUGAUGGGGAAUUAUGAAAAUAUUCCAGUUGGUCAUCAACAAAAUUAGAAAUUGAUUAAUUUCAUGAGUAUUUUUCAAACAUCAAGGUUUCUUUUUUUUGUGAGAUUUAUUUUAAACGAAUAUAAUUUUCUGGCUCCUAUAAAGAAAGAAAGAGAGCACGGUAAAAUUUAAUCAUUAUUAAAAAUUAACCUAAUUGCCAGUCGGAUAAAAUUUUUCAACCCCUUCAAUACUCCCCAGUGAUUACACUCAAACGAUAAUCAUCCAAUUAACCAUUCCUUGAACCAGGAAAGUGUAAUAGACAUUAUCAAAAAUUGCCAGUUGAGUUUGACGGCACCUUUUAAUGAAAAACUCCUCUCUUUUUUCCGCGGAUAAAAAACAGGACGUACCCUGUACAUAUAUAUAUAUAUAUAUAUAUAUUUAUUCAUUUGUAUCUACUCAAGGACUAAUGCACUUUCUGAGUAAUUCGAAUGGAAAAUCACAGGUGCAGUAUUCUGAACUUGAAUAAUUCACUGUCAGUCAUUUCACCCUUUUCGAGAGAGUUUUAAUUAUUCCCAGUCUCUCGCCCCCACUACCGAAUAAUAUAAUUCAUUUCGUCAUUGGGGCGUCGAGGGCUGUUGAAUGUCUUACUGAGAAAUUCUUCUUGACGUCCCUCAAGUCCAUUUGUCGACAUUCAUGUCAGAAUUCUUCGCCACAAUUACAUCAUUGUAUCGCAAUUAGGGUUUCAGGGAUGAAAACUUCGCAUUGUACUUGGGGCGAGCAACUUUAUUUAUUCGAAAUUCGCGGGAAAAUUCGAGGCCGCUGCAGCAUACGCCAUUUCUACACAAAAAUUAAUUUUCUUUUUUGUUGUGAAUUGAUGAAUCAAUUUUCAUAACAGAAAUUCAUUAUUAGAGAUUUAACGCUUGCGUGACAAGAGAAAAUGUCUGAAGAAUUUUUGGCAGUGGAUCGUAACGAAUUAAUCGUCGCGAUUCACCAUCGAGGAAUUAAUGGUUUUCUAAUAAAAAUCUUUUCUGGCGAAAAUGGGGGGAGGGGGGGGGAAUAGGGUGGCAAUAACCCGACCUUAAUGACCAUCGAUUACGGUGCCCGUUUGUAAUUGCUACGAUAAAUUCCAGACACCGGCGACUGCCUCAGUACAAUGCAUCUGAGAUUGAGUACAGCUAUUCUCUGGAGGCUAUUGAGUGUAUGGUACAUGCUAGGUCGAAAGUCGUUAAGAAAUUCGAUGAUAAGGGAUUUCAUGAAAAAUAUCCCCAUUAAUACGAACCUUAAAAAUUAAGCACCACCAUCGGUGGAUGAUAAUUUCAUUUCAGUAAUGAGAACAUGCUUUAAUGGCGAUUGAAUGUUUUUUCUCACAGACAUAAACAAUUUUUAAAAAAAAGGAAGAAUGGUAGCAAUAAACAAUCUAUCGACAAAUGAAGUUUAUAAAGAUUUAAUAAUGCAGUGAUAGCCUGAAAACCUUGAAAUUAAGCCAUUAUCGUCGUGUGGCGAUACCUCGCCCCUAGAAAAAUUUAAAACCGAUAAAUUUGCAAGCUGGGGGAGCCUUUGAAGUCCCUCGAUCACUUUAAUACAGAGACUUGACCAUUAGUUGGUUGUCCGAGACCGGAACCUACGGAAGUAACCAUUGGGCCACUGUAUGAGGGAACACGAAACUUGUGUAUACCUACAAAUAUCGUUAACGUAUGUAGUGGUAGCCUUUAGAGCAAAAGAGAGUGGGCGAGGGGGAGAGGGGGUUGAACCAGUAAUUUUGGUGCAUCAGUUUGCUUAACAAGAAACAACCAACAACAACAAGGCACCAGGUACCGGAGCCAACCGGUUCUCUUCACUUCCGGUCAAAGUACUGGUGAAUAUUGGAGCUGUGGUGGUUUACAGGGAACGGAAGAUGGCUGUGGUCAAUCCUUAUCGUUACAUUCGUAAUUUUCAUUUUAUUGGCUACACAAUGUUGCAAUGUACAGGUAAAAAUGAUAAUAGGUUCCGAUGAAAAACCCUGGGUAUCAAGUCUCUCGGGUUAUUUUUAUUGAAUUUUUUUUCUCUGCAUUUUUAUAAUGCAAAUAUUCUUUAAAAAUAAUGAGAUAUUAAUUUCAACUUGUACAUUUUUACAACUGAAGAAAUAUUCACCUGAAAGCGUUGUAUUUUAUUCAUGCAGUAUCUCGGCCCCUGUUACCAUGUAAAUGUUUAUCUCGUAUUCUCGACGUACCACUCACGUUUUCCAUUGACGCUCCUCCUCCUCUCUACUCGUUUCGUGCUAAAGUUUUGCAUUUUCCCUCGACCCACAUGCAUUUUCUACUAAAUAAAAUGCCUUCCACUGUCAUUUCCUCACACGUACGAGAUGCAUGGACGGUGUCAUCUCUACAAACGUGAAAAAUAAUAAAAAAUGAUAUAAAAUGUGAAGCAUGAGAAACACUAAAAAGACAAUGAAACCAAUGGGAAGGUUCGACUUGUUCCAGCGAAGGAAACAAUAAUAAAAGUUGCAUUAAUUGAGGGGAUUUUAGUUGAAUACCGCCAGUUACAGAUGGGGAAAGUGUCUGCAAUGGUUCAAUGGUUUUCCGUAUUUUCUUCCAUCAGAAAUAGCCGAGGGAUGGACGAGAAAGACCCACUCAAGUUUCCAAUUGCAUCAAUGAAUUCCAAAUUGUAUAAACAAAACUUGUGGAGGUGAUGCAAAUGAGAUUUUUUCAAGAAACCAAAUUGAAAUUGGCACAGUUACGAAGAUGUAAAUUUUUUUUUCUCCACUGACUCUCCAAUAUCAAUAGAGUGUGAAUCUCAUUGUUUGGUAAAUUAAGCAUUGUAAUUGCUCCAAUCCAAGUUUCCAAUUUUGUUCAUUGAAACCGAUAAAUCAAUAACUGAACGCUAAAAUUGUUUGAGUGGAUUUUUUUAAAACAAAAAUUCCCCUCGAAUGGACUUAGAAGUUUUGAAUAAUUUUUUUUUCACCCGGUGUGACAGCAUUCAAUAAAUUCAAAUGAAACGAGAUGAAAAAUAUUCACUCUUCAUUAAGGGCUAUUACCGUGAUCCAUUUGUCUGUCUUCUAAUCCGCGUAGAAAUGAGGGAUCCUGACAAUUAGAAUCACUGAGGACUUACCAGCCCUGUAAAAAGAAUUGGAAAAGACAGAAGGGGUGGUAUAAAAAGAAGACAAAAAGAAAAAGUUUAAUUAUAAACACGGGUGGCAUCGUCGGAACGACGACGACUACGACGCUCAAGUCUACUUUGCUUUCGCCCGCCAAAUGGUCACGGCUCUUGGAUGAAGGAGUGAGACAGGCAUAACGAAAAAAAAAAAAGUGGUAUAUAACCGAGGGUAAAAAACUCUUUCCAGCCAAACGAAGGGAAUCUGUCGAGAGAUUAUCCGUUGGGCUUCAAAAAGUUGUUAAUUACUUGGAUUUUCCUCCACUCCUAUUUCUUCACGUCCUCUCAUUGAGCCAAACGCUCCAUUGCACUUAGUAUUCCUAUCUUUUUCAUCGGGAAUAGUUUUUUUUUCCGAGAUUUAAUCCUACAAAGAUGACGUCGUGUAUUCAAAAAAUAGCUUCAUGAAUUCCCCACCGGAAAUUUUUCCUCAAUUAUAAUAUUCAAUAUUAUUUAUGAGACUUUCCGUAAGCCCCUCGUGUACGUGUUAUAUGAACAAUAACGAAUAGCUGUUACACUCUGAUACCUGACAACUAUACUUCUUCAUUUUCCAGUUAUAGGGACAUAUAUGUUACGAAUAUUCCCGUGAAAAUACCACCCAUACAUGUAAAAUUCAACGAUAGCAUUCAUCGUAGAACGACGAAUGGUUCUUCCAUUGUCGUCACCCUGUUAAUUAGAUAUCUAGUCUCGCCUGCUUCAAAUUCACCUUAUACAACAUCCCGAGCAGUCAGUUUUACCCCAUUGUGUGCAAUCCAUAUUCCCUCUGGUCCCUAAAAGCGCAUACAUGAGGAGUUAUAGUCGUCUGUAUCUCAAUAAGCACUGAAACUGGUGUAUUACAUCCGGCGACGGCAAAAUCGUCUAAAUUUCGUAGCCAUUUGGGUUGAAUUUCUCGGUGUUCAUUGUUUUUGAAAAUUGGGAAUUUCGGUAGAAAGUUAUCUUGUGAGUCAUAAUGUUGGAUAGAUGAAAAAAUUGACUAUAUUACAAAUUUGAGUCGAGUCGGAAAAAUAUUUGAAAAUUUUUUUCUUCUCCAUUAAGUAAAUAGUCGUGAUGGAACGAAAAUAUAUGACAUGUAGAUAACGAGAUGGCGUAUAUAAGUGUGAUAUUGGCGAAGGGAUUAAUAUAAGUGAGGACUCUCACCCACUUGACGUUACUCAAACGAAUGACACGGAAAUAUCAAACAUGAUCCACUUUGAUCCUGCGGUUACUAACUACGAGUUAUUAUUAUUACAAGGGAAAAUAUGAACAAGCCGGGGUAAAUAUUAUCCGCAAAUACGGUACGACAGACCCCAGUGCUACUUUAUGACACCGAGGGGGAAUCGAGGGAUGAGUGACCCUAUGAUCCAAAGAAUUAGUUCAGCACUUUGAAGUAACUGUGUUAGAUAAUUUUAGGAAUUUUUUGGCGGUCAAGGAGGCAUGAUAAAAAUCAUUUCCAUCAUUUGUCAAUUUAAAUAAGGCCCGCGAAACGAGCAAUUGGUCUCGUAUAAUCGUAAAAUUCAAUGAACGAACUUGUAACUAAGUAAUGAUGGUACGUGGUGACAGUUGAUUGGUGGCCAUGCCCUUAUUUCCCAGGCCGACAUAGUUUGUUGAUCAAAUUCAUAAUCGUGUAAUCUAUUCCAUUUGUAUUUCGAACAAUUACGCAACCUGGAAAGAAUUUCAUUUUAAAACUAUGCCCUCAUUUUUUUUUUUUGUGACUUGACUGGCGUUCGAAUAAUUGUAUAUUCGGAAGGUACAUCAGUUGACGAAACUCACCGAAGUUCAAUCAUUGUAUCAUUUUUUUCGGUUUUGAAGAAAAUCGUGUCAUUCGCCGACAAUCAAUACCAAAAUGACGGCGAUAAUUUUAGUUUUUCUAUUAUCGUGCAUUAUCUUUAUGAGUGUCUCAUCGCAAAAGCUAUUUGGUAAGUGAUUGUUAAUUAUUUUAAUGGAAUCAUAUGACUUUAUAAACGAUUUCAUAAUUGAUUUUGAACUGACAAUAUUCAGAGCAAUAUCUUGGUCUCAUGCUUUACCUUCUUGCAGAUUGUUCGAUGGGACAUGUCCUGGAAAAUUUGUAUAGGAAAUAUGGAAGUGAAAUAGAUGGAGCGAGAGUUAAUGAUAUAGAACAUAUCGUGGUACGAUUUACUUGAUAAUUUAUUCACUCAUUUAUAUCUGCAAUAAGUACCGACUUUCAGCAGAGAGAUAUGAUUAUAAAUUAUUUCCUGAAUAUUGUCUAACUUGAAUUAUCACUUGUGAUAAUGGAAUACCAAUAGCUGAUAGCGUAUGACUGAAGUCACAAAAUUUUCGGGCAUCAUAUUUUUUGCCAUUUGAGUUUCAGAAUUUAUUUGAAUCAAGUUUUACCUGAUCAGAAUCAAGUUGCGGAAUGUAUUUGAAUGGAGGACAGCUGCUCGGAAUGAAGUGGGAUUCCACUUCAUUCGGACUGUCAGUAUUUACACGAUGACUUGUACUUAUAUCGAGUCUCAUGCCUCCACUUGAUUCAGCAGUUUUUUUCGGAUAUAUAUGUAUGCCAAUGAUUUAUGAAACGUCACCUGUGAUAACUUGACGUGAAUUCUAGCCUCGCUUGCGUGACAUUAUUGACGGCACACUAGGAAGAGUGAAACAGUGUACUUUAAAUUCAAAUGGUUCGACAAAUCCUCCUGAUUUUUACAGGAUGUAUAAUGGACCAGUUUCAUAUAUUAUCCUCUCGUCGAUGCAAUUAUAUGGAUUGACCAAUUUGGAAAGGAUUUAUGAGCCAAUCGUCAAAGGAACCGGUAGUCAAUUCAGGAUAUACUUCAAAAUUACCGUACCUGAGUUGGAAUUGAUUGGUGCACAUGAGACUGGUAUAUUGAGAAAUAGUUACCAUGGAACUCUCGCCGUAGGAUUUCCGGCGAAUGAAGUUCUCAUGAGCGGAACUCUAAAUCUGAAGUUAAGAAAAUGUCUCCAGUUAGACCGUAUUGAGCUUAUCGGAAAGUAUUCACCGAUUAUCUACGUCAAUGGUUUUGGACUCUUCAAUAGAUAUGCUGCUAGUAAAGUUACGGAUAUAUUUCACAAUAGUCAGCAACAGUUAGUGGAAGUAGCUUCCAAGAAAUUUCGAAAGAAUAGUGAAGCUAUGUUGAAUGAGCUUGACUGUGGAAAGCUGGGCUUUAUGAUUGUAUGAGCAAGCUUAUCAUUAUGAAUUAUUUUGUAAUAUCAAUUUCCAUCAAUUCAUCCUCUCGCUUCAUCCAUCAAGUUUUUUUUAAAUCUUCCAAAUCAUUUAAAUCUCUGUCGCAUUCGAGAAGAACUGUAACUGCAUUUAAGAUAGAAAAAGAGGGAGAAUAUAAUCCAUAAAUCCCAGCAGUGAUAUUCACGUUUAUUCGAUAUGUGUUCAACGGUAAGUCACUCGUUGAUCGUAGAAAAAAAAAUAAAAAUCAAAACGAA